AUUAUUGUGAAAACUUGUACGAGGGAAAACAUGAAAGUUACAGUUCCAUAAUAAAUCACAGUGGAAGAUUUAAAUAAUCUUAUAAGCACUACAAAUGAUGAAUAUACUUAUAUUCAUAAGAACAAAAUUCUUCAACCAAAAUUAUAGUUAAUAAAUUAAGAUGUAAAUGAGGGAGAUGUAAUAAUCUAAACAAUAAAAGAAGUAUAAAAGAAGAAAAAGAUAGAGAUAAAAGAAUUAAUAUUGGGAAAUGCUGAAGAUUAUAAAAAAAAGGUGUUGGAAUUGAUUGAAUAAGGAUAUAAACGAGAAGAUGUAGUUUAAGCUAUGAUUUAAAAUAGAUAUGAUCUAUACAAAGUAAUGACUCAACUUAUAUAUGGGAAAAGAAAAGUAAACUAUGAUUAAGAAUAAGGAGAAGAAGAAGUAGAUAUUGAAGAAGUUAAGGAUAAAUUAAUGAAUUUGAAAGAAUUAAAGCAAUUAAUUAAAUGUAUUUAAAGUGAAGAGUGGGUUGAAGAAUUUUAUUAAUUGUAAUAAGGAAAACGUGAAACAUUUGAUGCAUUUAUGUAAAAUACAAAGGCAUUAGUUGAGUUAAUAGCAGAAUUAUUAUCAAAUUGA